AUGACUGAAACAAAAACUUCAAAGAUACAAAAGAUUGUCAUCGUGGGAGCAGGUCCUUCUGGAUUGAUCCUCGCUUUGCUUUUGGGGCAGAAAGGGAUCUCCGUGGACGUCUUGGACGCGUCUACGAAACUGGACGAACAACCUAGAGCGACCCAUUACAAUUCCCCAGCCACCCACGUCCUACAACGUGCCGGUGUGCUGGACGAGAUCCGAGCGAGGGGUGUCAUCUCGGACCGCAUCACCUGGAGGAAACCAGAUGGAGAACUCUUGGCGGCGUUGGACCUCAACUCCAUUCCGGAGGAGAGCCCUCAAAGAAUGGUGGCGUUGCCACUGAACCAAGUCAGCACGAUCGUGGUUCGACACCUCGAGUCGAUCCCGUCGGUCAAAAUCAAGUGGUCUCACAACGUCGUGGACGUCGGGCAGGAUGACAAAACCGCCUGGGUCGAUGUCGAAACCGCAGACGGCAAAAAGAGGGUGGAAGCCGAUUACAUUGUUGGGUGCGACGGUGCCAACAGCAAGGUUCGCCGCGCCUCGCAGGGUGACAUGAACUUCCCUGGCAGGACGUGGGAUGAACAGAUCGUGGCGACCAACGUAUAUUACGACUUUCAUCAAUUUGGCUGGGACGAUGCAAACUUCAUCAUCCAUCCGGAACACUGGUUCAUGGCUUCCAGGAUCAGCACAGACGGACUCUGGAGGGUCUCUUACGGAGAAGUACCCGGGCUCACUCGAGAAGAAUAUCUCGAGCGUCAGCCGUGGAAGUAUGAAACCAUGCUCCCCGGACAUCCGAAACCAGACCAAUACAAGAUUACCAACAUCAGCCCUUACAAGAUCCACCAACGGUGCGCCGAGAAGAUGAGAGUGGGAAGGUUCCUCCUCGCUGCAGAUGCCGCACAUUUAUGUAAUCCCUUCGGCGGACUCGGCUUGACAGGUGGAUUGGCCGAUGUCGACAGUCUCUUCGACUGCUUGAUGGGAAUCCACACGGGCCAAGCGGAUGACUCGAUACUGGAUAAAUACGACGAAGUGAGACGUGAUAUGUGGCAUAAAUUCAUUGAUGUCGUCUCUAGCGACAACCUUCGCCGUCUCAACGGUCAGAACCCAGACAAGGCUUUGGAGAAUGACACUGUUCUUCAGAAACUCAAGGAGUCUGAGAAAAAUCCCGAGAUCGCUGCACAAAUACAGCUGAGUGGAAACAUGAUACUGCGCGACUUCACACAGGAUUAUACUGUCCCUAAUGUGUCGGUUUAA